GAAAACCGGAAGAAGCCAACGAAUACCCGCGCCGCUUGUAAGAUCGACAACACAAAACACAUUUUUUUUCUUGCAUUUUUUUUUAGUAAAAGGACAUCAUGCCGGUUGUUUGUGCGUCGACGGGCUGCAAUAAUAGGUUUGUGAAGGGGUCGGACAUAAGAUUUUAUCGGUUUCCACUGAGUAAACCUUCACUUUCCGUCAAAUGGGUUCAGAGCCUGGGGUUGAAAAACUUUGUCCCAACAGCCAACACCUGCCUGUGCUCAGAGCAUUUCGCGCCGGACUGCUUCAGGGACUACAAUGGAAAACAGUUCCUGAGGGAGGAUGCAGUGCCGACCAUGUUCACUCAUGGGCAAGACUCUUCUAAGAUCGAACUACGAAAACGAGCCUCAAUGACACAUUCCAGGGACACAAGCGUUGCAAAUCAAAUUGCACAAACACUAGCGGAGAGAGACAGAGCGAGGGAGGCUGCCAAUCUACGCAGGGACAAAAGAAACACAAGAGGUGGACGCGGAGGCCGUGGUGGAAAACAGCUGUCUGAUAGGCAGAGUAUCGGAGGCAAGAGCAGAGUUUAUGACAGCAAAGGUCGACUGUUGUCCAAUGGCAAGGACAUGUGUGACUGUUUGGAUGUGGACUGUAUGGGCUGCUUCUAUCCCUGCACCGAGUGCAGCUCACGCAAGUGUGGAUUCGAGUGCCGAUGUGACAGGAAGUGGCUUUACGAGCAGGUAGAAGUGGAGGGAGGAGAGAUUAUCCGCAAUAAGUAUGCUUUUUAAUUUAAGACAAAUAAAUAUACAUACACUGGCCAUAAUCUAAUAAGAUCCAAUACAAUACAAUAGAAAAUUCCACAAAUAUACAGUAUUAAGAAUUGUUUUGAUUUUUGAUAGACGCUGUCAGAGAGGUAUUAUGUUUGCCAGUGGUACAGAACUUCAUCAUACUGACAUUUUUUUUUACCUUACUUAGGUCUAUGAGAGAGUUUGUGUUGGGUCAUAUUACAGUAGAUUCCAAGUCCAUGUUGUUGCUAACAAUAUAACAGGUGGAUGAAAGGCUACAUCAGGAUGCUGGCAGCCUUAACUUGUUCCUUCAGACAUUUCAGCUACAUCCAACUGUUGGGCUAUGAAGGACUGUUGUUGAUAUAUGAUUACUACCCCAAGCUUUCGCUCAUGAUAGAUGAAACUAUGUGAGGUCUUUUUUUUUAAUUCAGGUUUGCAUUCCCUUGCUUUUGGUUAACACUCAUGGAAAAAAGGCUUUUGUAUUAAUCCAUGUUAAUAAACUUCAUUUCCAGUGUGGGGUGUUUUACUGGUGACAUGAUAGAGCUUCUCUUCAGGUAACACACCUUUUUAGCAUAGCAUUUUUGGAAGAAAGAAAACAAUACUAAGUUUGUGCACAAUAACCUGUUUCAUUCAAUU